UCUUGACUUUAAAGUUCAUAGAUUCUUACAAAUAUCUUGUUCAUUAGUAGUUACAAGAGACAAGUGCAUAGAAUAUUACAUAACUACCUAUUAUGGUUAUAAAACUAUACAAUAUUUUUUUUAUUUCAAUAUUAUUCAGGAGUUUGAAAUGUGAGACCACAGAAAGCACAGACACUGAAACAUUGCUGAAAACAUAUAAAAACUACAUAAACGCAUCACAUGACCUUGAUAAAAGUGAUAGAAAUAUCUUGAAGACCUGGACUGCAGACUUCCAGGUACAGUUGGUGAACGUCACCACCCACUAUCGACUAGAAAUGACGAGACACAAGGAACACAGCUUCAUGAGUAUCAAAACAAAUUCUAAGUGGAACGAGUGCAUCACUUUGCAUAAGACUGAGAUAGAUGGCGCUGAGAAAUCGUAUUACAUCGACGAAAGUAAAUGUCUGAAGAUUGCGAACGCCGAAGAGGGGAAGAAGAGACAUGCGGUUUAUCAGAUGGAGAAAGAGAUAAGAAAAUGGCGUAAGAGCUACAAAUAUUUGCUGAAACAGUGCAACUCAAAUAACCCUGGCGACGAGAAUUCAGCUGGGAUUUGUUUAGUUGAAUAUAUGCAAAAGGACAAUUAUCAUAUUACAUUCCAACGCUUGAUUCUUCUAAAACUCGAGUCAAUGUCCGAUCUGUAUUCUCAGAUACUUACGUCGCUCCGAGACUGUGAGAGUUGUUUGAAGAAAACUCUGUUCAAUUAUAUAAACGAAGUACGAACAAUAAUGGACAAUUUGAAUCGUUGUUACAAAAGAAAAAGUUAGUCAUUAUUUAAAGUUAUGUUAGCUAAUAACUUAUAGAAAAAAACGGAAAUAUGAACGUUGUGGAUUCGUCUAUGUAAAAUUUAUAUGGUUGACGUUUUUAUUUACUUUUCACACUUUAUUAAUAUCAAUUUAUAGUUUUAUAUAUUUAUAGACGCGAUCAGUUUGAAUCGCGAGUGAACCAGUGUCAUUACAAGAAUAAGGAUCAUGACACCUUAAAUUAUUUUUAAUGGUUGUAGUACUUUGUGCGAACUCGUCUGGGUAGGUACCACCGUACCACCCACUCAUCAGAUAUUCUACCGCAAAACAGCAGUACUUGGUAUUCUUGUGUUCCGGUUUGAAGGGUGAGUGAGAUAAUGUAAUUACUGGCACAAGGGACAUAUCAUCUUAGUUCCCAAGGUUGGUGUCGCAUUCCCAUGUAAGGAGUUGUUUAUACUUCAUCAGUGAUAGCCUAGUGGUCCACUUACCAGGUGACACAUUUACCCUUAUAAAAUAUAUAUAAACGGCUUUGCUUGCAAAUUGCGCAACAUAACGUAAUAUGUUAAAAUACAUAUUAGGUUACAGCAGAGUUAUUAUAAAAACCUUAUCCAUGAAAAAUACAUAUGUAUGUACCGAUUUUUAUACACUGUUUGACCGAACAAUACAAUUUCAAAUAUUUUUUUUUUUUUUUAUAGAAUAGGAAGGCGGACGAGCAUAUGGGCCACCUGAUGGUAAGUGGUCACCAACGCUCUUAGACAUUGGCAUUGUAAGAAAUGUCAACCAUCGCUUACAUAUCCAAUGCGCCACCAACCUUGGGAACUAAGAUUUUAUGUCCCUUGUGCCUGUAAUUACACUGGCUCACUCACCCUUCAAACCGGAACACAACAAUAUCAAGUAUUGCUGUUUUGCGGUAGAAUAUCUGAUGAGUGGGUGGUACCUACCCAGACGAGCUUGCACAAAGCCCUACCACCAGUUAAUAUAUACAAUUUCAAAUAUACUAAUAUAUACAAUACUAAUAUAUAUAAUUUCAAAUAUAUAUAUAUAAGAUGUAAUGAUUUAGCAUAGAUAAAAAAACAACUGAAAAAUAAUUAAAAUACUCAAAUUAGUUAAA